AACACUGACUGCCAAUCAUUGUACUGAGCCGAUCGGAGCUGUAAUAUCAAAAUAGAUUGCUGCAUGCGUGAGAAAAUCUAAUCAAGUUGCCCAGACGAAGAUAAAGUCUGUUUCUAUUCCCUCCUCUUGCCUUACACCAAGUGGAAUGGAGAUGUGAAAUAACCAGACAUGAGUUACCGGAGAGAGUGAGAAGACAAUAACAGUGAGAGGAAGGAAAUAUGGGCUCGUGGUUGAUGCAAGCAGCCAUAUUUAUCAUAUCAGGAAAUGUUAUUGAUGCUGCAUCGAAAGGAAGUGUUUUACCAUUAUCCAAUGAAGACAGACUGGUGAAAGAGAUUUUACACGCUUAUAAAAGGCGUGGUAAAUAUGGAAGACCGGUGAAGAAAUAUAACGAUACUCUGAAAGUGUCUUUUAGUAUACAGUUAACCCAGAUAAUGGAUCUAGAUGAACAGAAUCAGAUUCUAAGUUUGAAUAUAUGGGAUGAAUAUUGGUGGAAAGAUAGCCAUAUAUAUUGGAAUGUUUCUGAUUAUGGUGGAGUAGAAAGUGUUAGAAUUCCAUGGGAUAAAAUCUGGUUGCCUGACAUCAAACUAUACAAUUAUGCUGACUUACGACUUGAAGAACAAAGAAAACCACUAUGUGUAUUUCGUAAUGAUGGGAUGAUACAGUGGAUGCCUCAAGUGGUCUACCGUAGUUCCUGUCCUAUUGAUGUUUACUACUUUCCUUUUGAUAUACAGAAUUGUACAUUAAAAUUUGGUUCAUGGACUUAUAAUGGUGAUAGAAUGGACGUGGACUUUUAUGAAAAUAAAAACUAUAUAGAUUUAACUGAAUAUGUACCGAGUAAUGCUUGGACAAUCAUAGACGUACCGGGAAAAAGAAACGUUCACAUUUACAGCUGUUGUCCUGAACCCUACGUCGAUCUAACGUACGACCUUGUAUUCCAAAGAAAAGCUACCUUGUAUAAUUAUAUUCUUAUAUUGCCCUGUGUGCUGUUGACGUCUAUUACCCUAGUGCUGUUCUGGAUUCCACCAGAAUCACCAGCUAAGAUGCAACUUGGUUUAACAGAAUUUAUUGCAUUCUUUGUGUUAUUAAAAAUUCUAGAAAAGAAUUUACCACCUGGUUCUUCCGUGAUGCCUUUACUAGGUACCUAUUACUGUCUUAAUAUGACAAUUAUAACGUUAUCAUCUUUUCUCAACGUCAUGGUUGUGAAUUUAAAUCAUUAUGGGGCAACUCGAAGUCAUUGUCCUGAACCUAUCAGAUCUCUUCUUUUUAAUUUUGUGGCCAAAGUAUUAUUUAUGGACUCAUUAGUCAGUCCGCUACGCAACAUAAAACCUUUUGCCGAAGGCCCGGCUGGAAGUAGCCGUGUGGAAACACCUCCUGAUAAAUGGAACCCGGAUCCAAUGGCGUCUACAGAGAUGUUAGUCCAUCUACAAAAAGAUUUGGCUAGAAGCGGUGGACCGUUAUUCUCUAUAGAUAAGCAACUCUGUGAACUAAGAGAUUUCAUCAAGCAAAAUCGUAAGCGUUUGAGCGAGCGUGACCGCAAAGAGGCCAUGAUGAAGGAAUGGAAAGCCGUAGCCCUGAUUUUAGAUCGUAUUUUCUUUGUUAUAUAUUUGAUUAUUAUAGUGGGUUCUUUAAGUUAUACCAUCCCUGUCCUAACUUCUGUUAGUAAUUAUAAUGCUACAUCAUUAUUAGUAGCUGGGGGUAAACCAGGUUAAAUUUGUUGAUAACAAAACAGCUUUUUAUACCCUUUUAUUAUUUUUUAUUAUUUAGCGGAAUAUAAACUAAUUAUUGAAUGCUUCUUGAGGAUGUUGAAAUCGUAGAUAUGAUCUUGUGUUCUGAUAUCUGGAUGACAUUCAGGAAAUUGUUGGUUUUUUUUUAGAGAUUUCAGGUCAAUACUACUUCCAUUUUAUCUGAGAUCUGUUCUUCGUUUCGUCUAUUUUCACAUUUAUGAAGAAUGUCAUAAACAUAAAAAAAAAUAUAUGAAACGAAAGGAAGAAUAUCUUAAGUUUUUUUUUUACAUAUUUAUAGAAAAUACAUUUUAUUUUCAAAGUUUAAUAUAUCGUUUCUAAUAUUACACUACUUUCGUGACCCUUUUUGUCUUAGUCCUUAUCUUUGAAUCCAUGUCAUGUCGGUAGUUUUGAAACAUAGUUUUCUGAAACAUUGACGAAAUUAAGCUGAUUAUUAUUGGUAAUAACAAUGAGAGUAAAAGCGAUGAACUCUUUGGAGGGGUGUAUUAUAUCUUUCUUAUAAAAUGCUGAACAUAUUUUAAUUUUAAAAUAAAUGUAUUUAAAAAAUUUUGUCUAUAAAAUUAUUGUUGUUUUAUUAUUUCAUCUCUCUAUAAUGUGAACACCCUCUAGGAAUGGUAUAUAAUAUUAUUUACCUUUAUUUACAUUAGUUAUUCAGUAAAUGUUGUUUACAUAUACACCCAAUGAUUAUUUGUCGGCUACAAAUGAUUAAAACUGCUGAUUUUCAAACUCAGUGUAUCUAUAAAGUGAUUGGUAAUCGAUUGUCUAUUCUGUAUAAUUAAUAAUCGAUUGUAUAUUCUGUAUAAUUAUUUAUGAAUAUCAUAAAUAAUCGAUUGUAUAUUCUGUAUAAUUAUGUAUGAAUAUAAUAAAUAAUCGAUUGUAUAUUCUGUAUAAUUAUGUGUGAAUAUCAUAAUAAAUAAUCGAUCGAUGUACAAAUUAUCGUGUUUGUGCCAGGUAUGUUUAAUUACAUUUCAUCUAAUAUUGUAAAAAUACUAUUUGUUGGAUUUUACCGAACUGUUAAUGACACAGACCGUAACUUAGAGCUGGAGACCAUAUAACGUAAGUUGAUCAAAGACGACAGAAUACAACGGUAUUUCUUUUAUCGUAAUAUAUCAGAUUAUAAAGUAUAUGGAUAACACGAAAUAAUGGUAUGUUCGAUCAUCUUUAAUGAAUGCAUAACGAAAUCUAGUAAACUUAUUAUUAUUACUACUUUCCUUAUACUGGGGAUUUCACUGACAAGGAACAUAAUUCUGAACAUUCAAAGUAUUUGUAGAAAUACGGUGAUUCGUACACAUUUGAUCCAUCGCAAUUGUCGAUCUAGUGUCAAACAAUCACUCGUGGAAACAGACAAAUGAUCAUGAGCACCAUAGUACGCCUUGCAUAUAAAAUUUAUUGCCCGAGACUGUCUCUCCAUUGGCUAUAAGUAUAUGUAACAUGUAGAACACCUGAUACCAUUUUUCAUUUUCUAGAACACUUCAUAAUACUUUUUAUUUUAAAAAUUCACAUAGCUUACAAACACAAUUUAUUAGCGCACAUGAGAUAGUUAUAACUGUGAUAUAAUACAUUCAUUUUUUUUUAAUUACACGAAUAAUAAUGUCUUAUAUCUUGUUCACGAUAAUUACGAGUUUUAGCCUUGAAGAUAUUACUCAUAAUAUAUUUUCUUGCCCGGUCAAAAUUUCGCUCAUGACACACUUCAUACCGUUUGCCGGUUUGUAUUAGUUCGGUUGCUGCAGAAAAACAGAACGGUACAUUCCGUUUCAUUUCAUUUUAUUUCACUUCUAGUAUCGGGAUAUUGUAAGAGUUUGCGUAUAUAAAAUAUAGUCUGUAAUAUGACGUGGACGCCGAACCUAACACUGCAUUUGCACUUCGUUAUUUGGUGAGCAUAUUUUUAAUGAAAUAAAAUAAGUAACCGUUUAUUUGUAUAGAUAUUGUGCAAAGCAGUAUUAAUACUGAUGUAUGAAACGAAACACAAGGAAAUUCUUUUGAUAAUACUUUGUGAUAUUAACGUUUUAUUAUUUAUUUGUGUAUAUAAGAUUAUUUUUAUAAACCUUGAUUAUACUGAACAACUUUUCUGAUUUAAAUAAGCAUAUAUAUUGGAUUUCGAAAUAUGAAUAUUAAUGCAUCGGUACCUUCAAACUUUAUUAAUGACUCCUUUUGUUGAUCAAUUUAAUUAUAUAUCAGACAUAAAUCGAUGAAAUUCAAAAUAUUUGAUUAAAUCUAGAAAUGUAGUGUUGUUUCAUAUUAUUUAAUGUAAAAUAUAGAAUUCUUUUCACUGUAUAUAUAACCACCACAUUAAACCACCAGUUAUUUAUCUAGAAUUGUUUGGAUUAAGAUGUAUAUACAGAUUAAAUAAAUUGAUUAAAAACA